UCUAGAAUCAGGGUGAGAUGAAUUACAGUAGUACUCUUAAAAUUGCAGUUUUGUUUAGAGCCCAGCAUAGAAGUAGAAAAUUUGUUCAUUCAGUACAGAGAUUCUUUUUUGUUACAAUGGCUGGAUUUGAAAAUGAAAUGGGAAGAUUGCUGUCUGGAACAGCUAUUUCUAAGGAAAUUUUGAAAAAUCUCAAUGAUGAAGUCCAAGAUAUGUCUAACAAGCUUGCUGGUUUUAAGCCCGGUCUUGCUAUUGUGCAAGUUGGUGGUCGGGAAGAUUCAAAUGUAUACAUAAGAAUGAAAUUGAAAGCUGCUCUUGAAAUUGGAAUUAAUGCUGAGCAUAUUAAAUUACCAAAUACUACUACACAAAUUGAACUGCUGAGCGCUGUGCGAAAAUUGAAUAAUGAUCCUCAUGUGCAUGGUGUAAUAGUUCAGAUGCCCCUGGAUUCUAUUCAUAAAAUAAAUUCUCACCUAAUUACUGAUGCAGUUUCUCCAGAAAAAGAUGUAGAUGGGCUGAAUACAAUUAAUGAAGGGAAAGUUGCGAUUGGUGACCUGAGUGGUUUUAUGCCUUGUACACCUAACGGUGUGAUGGAGUUAAUUAGAAGAAGUGGCAUAAAUAUUGUUGGAGCAAAUGCUGUAGUUUUGGGUAGAAGUAAAAUUGUUGGCACUCCUGCAGCUGAAUUGUUGAAAUGGGCAAAUGCUACAGUAACUGUUUGUCAUUCUAAGACAAAAAAUAUUGAAGAAAUAGUGGCUAGAGCUGAUAUUGUAGUAGUUGGUAUUGGAGUCCCAUUGUUUGUGAAAGGUUCAUGGAUUAAGAAAGGAGCUGUAGUAAUUGAUUGUGGAAUUAAUUCCAUACCAGAUUCAACAAAAAAAUCAGGUCAGCGUUUAGUAGGAGAUGUUGAUUUUGAUGAAGCUAAAAAUAAUGCAUCCUUUAUAACUCCAGUUCCUGGUGGAGUUGGGCCUAUGACUGUUGCUAUGCUAAUGAAAAAUACUGUUAUUUCAGCAAAAAAAACACUGCGUAAAUUAUUAUCAACAUCUUGGGACAUUGUUCCCUUACCUUUAACCAUUAAAACUCCUGUUCCAAGUGACAUUGAAAUUGCUCAUUCUCAGACACCUAAAGAUAUUAAUGAUUUGGCCUCUGAAAUAGGUUUACUUCCGGGAGAAGUUAUUCCUUAUGGCAAUACAAAAGCAAAAAUUUCAUUAUCAGUUAUGGGACGCCUUAGUAGUCAUCAAAAUGGCAAUUAUGUUGUCGUCGCUGGAAUUACCCCGACACCGUUAGGAGAAGGUAAAAGCACUACAACAUUAGGAUUAGUUCAAGCCCUUGUCAGCCAAAAGGAAAGGAAUGCUAUUGCUUGUGUGAGGCAGCCUUCACAGGGUCCUACAUUUGGAAUAAAAGGAGGUGCAGCUGGUGGUGGUUAUUCUCAAGUAAUUCCAAUGGAAGAGUUUAAUUUGCACCUAACUGGAGAUAUUCAUGCUGUAACAGCAGCAAACAAUUUGUUGGCAGCUCAAAUAGAAGCUAGAAUAUUUCAUGAAGCUACACAGAAAGAUAAAAGUUUAUUCAAUCAUUUGGUACCAUUGGUUAAAAAUAAAAGAGCCUUUUCCAAAUGUCAAGUUAGGCGAUUACAAAAGCUUGGCAUUGAAAACAGAGAUCCUGAUUCUUUUACUGAUGAGGAAAUUAAGCAAUUCGUUAGGCUUGAUAUUGAUCCUUCCACUAUAUCUUGGAAUAGAGUGAUUGAUACAAAUGAUAGAUUUUUAAGGAAAAUAACCAUUGGUCAAUCUCCUACUGAAAAAGGUUUUACUCGUGAAACUUCAUUCAGCAUAUCUGUGGCUAGUGAAAUUAUGGCGAUUCUUGCUAUCGCAAGUGACCUCAAAGACUUGAAAGAUAGGCUGGCACGUAUAGUUGUAGGAUUGAAUAAAAAUGGUGAACCUGUAACUGCUGAUGAUUUGGGUGCUACUGGGGCAAUGGCUGUGUUACUUAAAGAUGCAAUUCAACCAACAUUGAUGCAAAGCCUUGAAGGUACUCCUGUUUUAGUACAUGCUGGUCCUUUUGCAAAUAUAGCUCAUGGAUGUUCAUCUAUCAUUGCUGAUAAAAUAGCGAUGAAUCUUAUUGGGCCAGAAGGAUUCGUUAUUACUGAAGCUGGUUUUGGUUCUGAUAUUGGUAUGGAAAAAUUCUUUGAUAUAAAAUGCCGUAGCUCACAGAUGAUACCAAAUGCUGUAGUUCUUGUGACAACAAUCAGAGCUUUAAAAAUGCAUGGAGGUGGUCCACCUGUAGUAUCAGGCCUUCCUUUAAAAAAGGAAUAUGUUGAGGAAAAUUUGGAUCUUGUGAAAAAAGGCAUUCCUAAUUUGCUCAAACAUAUCAGCAAUGGUCUUAAGUUUGGUAUUCCAGUUGUUGUGGCCAUCAACUAUUUUGCCUCUGAUACAGCUGCUGAAUGUGAGCUUAUUCGUAGUGCAAGUAUUGAAGCUGGUGCGGUGGAUGCAGUAAUUUGUAAACAUUGGGCCGAAGGUGGUAAAGGGGCAUUAAAUUUAGCUAAUGCAGUUAUUACUGCCUGUCAAAAAUCAUCAUCAUUCAGGUAUAUUUAUGAUUUAGAAGAGAGUAUACUGAAGAAAAUAGAAAAAGUUGCAAUUGAAAUGUAUGGUGCUGCAACUGUUUCCAUGUCUGAGCUUGUGAAAAAUAAAGUGGAAAGCUUACAAAAACAGGGUUUUGGUAAUUUACCUGUUUGUAUGUCCAAAACUGCUUUGUCACUAAGUGGUGACCCCCUUUUAAAGGGUGUUCCUGAAGGUUUUGAUCUUCCAGUGACAGAUGUUUAUUUGUCUGCUGGAGCUGGAUUUGUUGUAGUGAUGAUUGGUGAAAUUUCAAAAAUGCCAGGAUUACCAACCAGGCCAGCGAUAUAUGACAUUGACUUGGAUCCCAACACCGGAGUUAUUGAAGGAUUGUUUUGAACAAUAAAGUUAAUGUAUAAGUUUAAUAAAACUGUUUGAAUUUAAGUGAUUAAAUUUAUAUUCUAAAACAAUGUUAAGAGUAUAUAUAUUUAAAUUUGUAGGCAUCUGAUGUCUUUUCAAUAUUGUUAUUUUUGUAAAUAAAUAUUUUGUUUAUU